AGACAGAGCGAGAGAGGACCGGAAGACAGAGCUAGAGAGGACCGGGAGACAGAGCUAGAGAGGACCGGGAGACAGAGCCAGUGCGGACCGGGAGGAGGAGCGGACCCCGAGUAUCGGCGUCGUUUUGCGGAGGCUGCAGAGGUGAAAGGCACCGCGCGGUUCGGCGCAGCGGAGCCGGUUAGGGGUGGACUCCUGGCGGCUGAAGCUCCAGGCUUCGUCCCGCUGAUCCGAGAGCUGCUGGAACCGUCUGACCCGGAGACAUGUACCAGGUCCAGGGGAAAGGGGUCGUUGCCAUGGUGCUGAAGGAGCUUCCUGGUAAAAAGGCAUCCUCAGAAGGAAACCCCCUCCUCACCGUGACAACCAAGCUGGUCGGCGAGCAGCAGGAGAGUCGACCUCUGCUGAGUCCCUCCAUCGAUGACUUCCUGUUGGAGAGCCGGAGUGACGCCCCCUCCACCCGACCCCUCACCUCCAACACAGCAGUCCUGUCCACAGCUCUGGACCUGGUGGACCUCAGCGAGCCGGGGGAGAGCAGCAGCGGGGGCAGCAGCAGCGGGGGCAGCAGCAGCGGGGGCAGCAGCGUCGGCAGCAGCGUCGGCAGCUGCGGCAACAAGGAUCGCAGGAGGAGCCCUCUGAGGAGGAAGGGCAGCUCGAGGAGCCCUCGGCGCCGGAUGAGACCCGACGAGACGGAGCUGAUCCAGGUGGAGGUGGAGCAGCUUCCUGCCAGUCCCAGAACACCUGAGAGGAUCUCUCUGGACUCAGUCAGUCUGUCGUCUCCUCUGGACAAAUGGGACGAGGUGAACCUGGACGUGGAGGACGGCGGCUGCAGGAGGAGAUGCGAGAAGAGAUGCACCUCCCACCAUUCCUCCAGUGAACUGCUGUGGUCUGCAGAGUUUAAAACGGAUCCAGUGAUGAAGACGUCCUUCGACAUCCACAGCUUCGACGAUCUCGACUUCAUAUCAUCAACACAGGACUGUGGGGCGUCCAGACAGUGCAGACGGACUCGUUCCCUGCUGGCCAGAAACGAGUCUCUGGAGGACGAGUUUGUCAGAGCGAAGGCUGCUGUUGAGUCGGACACUGAGUUCUGGGACAAGAUGCAGGCGGAGUGGGAGGAGCUCGCCAGGAGGAACUGGCUGGAGGAGACGGAGGGUCAGCGGCCGAUCCCGCCCGCCGUCUCACCUGCAGAGAAGGGUUACUACUUCAACACCAACAACCCGUACAGAGACUGGCCCAACGCCUUCGCCGAGGGUCAGGAGAAAGCUCGGGAGGGAGACCUGAACACCGCCGUCCUGCUGAUGGAGGCCGCCAUCCUGCAGGACCCGCAGGACUCUGAGGCGUGGCAGGUUCUGGGAAUGACUCAGGCUGAGAACGAGAACGAGCAGGCGGCCAUCGUGUCUCUGCAGAGGUGUCUGGAGCUGCACCCCGACAACCUGCCGGCUCUCAUGGCGCUCGCCGUCAGCUUCACCAACAGCGGCAUGCAGCGCGAGGCCUGCGACGCCCUGCGCCGCUGGAUCAGCCACAACCCCCGAUACAAACACCUGGUCCAGGGCCGCAGGAGCCCGCUGCAGGGCUCCCCGGCCACGCCGCGCAGGGGCCCCAACACCUGCUCACCGGCCAGUUCUCAGCUGCAGGACGUGCUGCUGCUCUAUCAGGAUGCGGCUCUGUUGAAUCUGGACUGUGUGGAUCCAGACCUGCAGACUGGACGCGGCGUCUUGUUCAACCUCAGCUCCGACUUCAACAAGGCGGUGGAGGCUUUUACUGCAGCGCUGUCUGUCAGACCGCAGGACUACCUGCUGUGGAACCGUCUGGGCGCCACGCUGGCGAACGGGAACCGCAGCGAGGAGGCGGUGGAGGCGUACACCAGAGCUCUGGAGCUGCAGCCCGGAUUCAUCCGGUCCAGAUACAACCUGGGUAUCAGCUGCAUCAACCUGGGAGCUCACAGGGAGGCGGUCAGUAACUUCCUGACGGCUCUGAACCAGCAGAGGCGGAGUCAGCGCUGCAGCCACCAGCAGAUGUCGGCCAACAUCUGGGCCGCCCUGCGCAUCGCCAUCUCCAUGACGGACCGACCCGAGCUGUUCCAGGCCGCCAACGUCGGAGACCUGGACCUGCUGAUGAGGGCCUUCGACGUGGACGACGUGUGACGGAGGACCGGGCGGGUCCGGUUCAGUCAGUCUCCCAGAGACGAGUCGCAGGCUGGAGAGGAGCUGAGAAACUGUUUGGUUUGAAACCAAAGAGACGACGACGGCUGCAGAUGGCAAUAUAACUACAGCACAACCCUUUAGCUUCCUGUAAGAACACUUUAAAACGCAACUUCCUCCGCUGAUGACGAGGUCAGUGGGGUGUGGUCUGUUCAGGACAUCUGCAGGUCCUCAAAGAGUCCAAAAAUGUUUAAAAUCAGUUUGAAAAUUAGACCUGAAAAGCCAUGAAACUGUCUUCAAUAUGAGUUUAACUGCUCUCAUUUAAAGAGGAACCGAACAGCUGAGUUUCACCUGUAAACCCACCCACCUGUGAUGUCACAGUGUACCCACCUGUGAUGUCACAGUGUACCCACCUGUGAUGUCACAGU